UUUCUGCUGCUGCUACCUCCAGUUAAAUAGCAAGGACACGGGAGCGAGCAGACGGCCGUGUGAGGAUAUACUUUUUACGGUACCUUGGGAUUACGACGCGGAAUUGCAGCAUCGACGGCCAACCGACAGGUAAUAUCGACACACGCAUUCUGCCGCCGCUCGUAGAUCCGCGAAAAGGCCCACGAUGUCCAGCGAAGUGCAGAGACCGGACGACAGCCCCAGCACCAGCGGGGGCAGCUCGGAUAUCGAACAAAGAGAAACAGUACCACCGGAACAGGAGCGAGAGCAAGCACAGCCCAAAAAGAAGGAGACUAAGAUCUCGAGUAAAACUGCUGCUAAACUUUCAACUAGUGCCAAGAGGAUUCAGAAGGAACUUGCAGAAAUAACACUAGACCCACCUCCAAACUGCAGCGCUGGCCCUAAGGGAGACAACAUCUACGAGUGGAGGUCGACCAUCUUAGGACCACCGGGCUCCGUCUAUGAGGGAGGGGUCUUCUUCCUAGACAUUGCCUUCACACCAGACUACCCCUUCAAACCCCCCAAGGUAACGUUCCGUACAAGGAUCUAUCACUGCAACAUUAACAGUCAGGGUGUGAUCUGCCUGGACAUCCUGAAAGACAACUGGAGCCCUGCACUCACCAUCUCCAAGGUCCUGCUGUCCAUCUGCUCCCUGCUCACAGACUGUAACCCAGCCGACCCUCUGGUGGGAAGCAUCGCCACACAGUACCUGACCAACAGAACAGAGCAUGACAGAAUAGCCAAACAAUGGACAAAGAGAUACGCCACAUAGACGCGAGGACCGGGACCCUGCCCCCCUCAACCCCCCCACUGUACCUCUCUCUACCUCUGUCACCCUUAGUCUGUCAAAGCACACUCACUAAGUGCAACGCCACCCCCUCCUCCGUCAUCAUCUUCCUCCUCUUCCUCCUCCUCCCUAACAUUUUAUCUACCUUUUCUGUGUAAAAAGAAAAAAAUAAACAAAAAUCCAACAAAAAUGUCUUUUUGUUCCUUGUUGACUUGAAAGCUUCUUUUUUAUACAAAGAGUAGAUUUGGGAUUUUUAUUUUCCAAUAUCUGAAUGUUGGAAGUAUUGUAUUGGAAAAAAAGUACAGAAUAUUAUAAUUAUCAUACGCUUUGUCCUUCAGCUUCUACAGUAUGUAUUCUCAUUUGGAACAAACAUGCAGACUCUAUGCUUUUAGAGUUUCUCCUUUUGUUUUGUAUUUGUCAUCAGUAUGUUAUCUGCAUGGAACAGGAAGGUUUGCAUCGAUGGAUUCUUCAUGCUUUUCCAAGCUUCCUCUUUUUCUUUUUUCUUUUGUUUUUCUUCUUUUUUUUUUUGUUUGUACUGUAUGUAUUUUUUCAAAGGCUUUUGAGGCAGACCACAAAAGUAUAGGUCUGCCUGUGAAAGAGGCAGGACUUGUAUAAUUACUGGCUACCCGCCACCUCUGCAAUUGCAGAGUGGUUUUGUUGUGCACUUGUAUUACUGAAGCACCCAAUAAAACACACUGUGGUUGGCUUGUGA